GAAGGAACUUCCUACAAUUUUCCAGUUGACUGGCAAAGAAGAAGCAACACGGAGAUUCUGGAAGUCACCAAACGCCACCGCCCCCCACCUCCUCUUCUCCAGCUCUCUUCAUCCUCUUCCUUAUACCAUAUAUCUAUAUAUACUAUCAAUCAACCCACAAACAAAUCCAAAUCCAAAUCCAAAUCCAAAUCCAAAUAGACCCACAUAGUUGAUUUCUUCAUUCAGGUAUUUUCACAAACACCUGGCGAUGGCAGAAGACAGUGCCGUCACAAUCUACAACAACAGCGCCAUCAGCAACGCCAAGAAGAACCCAUUCUCAAUCAAGGUCGGCCUCGCCCAAACCCUCCGCGGCGGAGCCAUUCUCGAAGUCACCAAUUCGGACCAAGCCAAGAUCGCCGAGUCCGCCGGAGCUUGCUGUGUCAUCGUCUCUGAGCCUUUCAAUGGCGGCAUUUCUCGGAUGCCCGAUCCCUCUCUCGUCAAGGAGAUCAAGCGAUCAGUCUCAAUCCCAGUCAUGGCCAAAUCCCGAGUCGGCCAUUUCGUCGAAUCCCAAAUCCUCGAAGCCAUCGGCGUGGAUUACGUCGACGAGAGCGAGCUUCUCGCAAUCGCCGACGAAGAUAAUUUCAUCAACAAGCACAAUUUCGGGGUUCCAUUUGUGUGCGGUUGUCGAGAUCUCGGAGAGGCGUUGAGGAGAGUGAGAGAAGGUGCGGCGAUGAUAAGAACUCAAGGAGAUCUAUCUGGGUCUGGGAACAUUGUCGAGACUGUUCGUAGUGUGAGAAAAGUGAUGGGUGAUAUUCGAAUUCUCACAAACUUAGACGAAGACGAAGUUUUCGCAUUUUCGAAGAAGAUCGAAGCUCCUUACGACAUUGUUGCUCAAACCAAGCAAAUGGGUAGGCUUCCAGUGGCGAAUUUUGCUUCCGGAGACAUUGUUACGCCUGCAGAUGCAGCGCUAAUGAUGCAAUUGGGUUGCGAUGGAGUGUUUAUCGGACCGGAGAUUUUCUACUGUUCGGAUCCGUAUGAGCGCGUUCGUGCAAUUGUGAUGGCGAUAAGGAACUACAAUGAUCCGCAUGUGUUGGCAGAGGCGAGUUCUGGGUUGAAUGAGGCUAUGGCGGGACUCAAUCUCAGUCAGAACAGGGUCGAACAGUUUGGUACCGGAGGUACCUAUUGAAGCCUUUUCCAAUCUUAGUAUGCUGAGUACAGUGUGUUUGUUUAACCAGAAAUGUUAUGUCUACUGUUGUUGUUUUUAUUGUGUCAAUGAUAGUAAAUUGACUAAUAAAUUUAUCAAUUGAUUCAGAAUAAUGUAUCUGACUAUGCUGAAAUCAAUAUCAGAAUUACAUUCAUAUAUGGGUUAUUCUAUCAUUCAAUCUUUUGUUU